AUGGAAUCGAGCGGCCAUAAUGGCACGCGCACCGAUCAUGAUAGGGACUCCUCCAUGAAUGGUGUUAACGGUGCCAAUGGCGUUGUGCAGGGCGCAGGAUUCCCCAAGGAGAAAGCUUCCGAUGCUGCGGCGACAGAUGGCAGUGCCAGAACUAUCAACGGCAACGACGAAUCACGAUCGCUAGAAUGCUAUCGAAACGGAGAUGCCGAAAAAAUGACAAACCGCAUGAACGACCUCCCCGACGAAAUUGUACAUAUCACCCAAGGAUUUGUCCCUUUAUCACUUCUUCUCACGCGCCUGGCGCAGACCUCACACAAUGCUCUCCAAGACAAAAUCGCCGAAAUGGCCAAGAUGCCGCUCCCGCAGGCGGCGGCGAAUGGCACUUCAUCAUUUUCAUCCAGCGCACCAGACGAUAGCUCGGCAGAAAACCUGAGAAAGAAGGGUGCACUGACCAACUUUGCGCAAGAAUGGCAUGGAAAGUGGCUCAAGGCCCUCGUCAUCACAGAAUGGAGCAGGAAAGCCCAUCUUGUCAGCAAACUUAUCGAUCUCAAGUUUCACAUAGAUCAGCAAAGGAUCCUCUACGACGCUGCUCUCGACGAGAUGGUUAAUGUGAAACGGGACCUCGCAUUUGCCCGCAUGCCGAGUCCGGAUCUAAAGACGGCCCUCCAAGUACUCUCUACCGGGAGUGCUCCUUGGAUGCCUGAUCUUGGGUAUAUCGAACCCCCCCAUCUAACACCGGAAGUUCAGCUGAAGUGGGUGAACGAGUUAAACACAUUGCUGUCAUUGAGGCUCAACCUUGAGGACUUUGACAAGAUCCCGUAUCAUUUUCGUAACUACGAGAUCGGAUCUGGACGAGUUACUUUCAAGGUUGACGGCGAAUUCGAAGUUGACUUGACCAUUGCGGAUGAGGAUUUCGAGAAGCAAUUCUGGUUCAUUGACUUUCGGUACGCUUUUAAACCGGCAGCUUCAUCGAUCCCUGAAUCAUUACGAAAUCAUCUCGAAAACUGCGUCAAUGAUGUCCUUGGGAAAGAGGGUCUCCACGGUUGCUACCAGUUUCUCCACGAGCUGGUGUUGACGACCAAGAUUAAUGAACUGAAAAGACAAGCCACGCAACUAAGUCGCACCUCCUGGAUAGGAACACUAAACGUUGAACCUCUGAACCGGGCGCUUUCAAUCCAAUACUGGACGGGACGGUCUACAACCAUGGGGUCCAAGAGCUGGAUCCUGAUUGCAGUCAACAGUAAUCGCUCAAGCAACAGUAAAGAGGACAUAUCGUCAACAAGCCGACUGGUGGCGAAGUGGUACCGCGACAACAAGGAGGUGAAAGGAGGAGAGAUCAGGUUUGACGUGAAUGAGCUCUCGGCAGAAGCAUUACUAACAAAUGUCAUUGCUCGACACAUCGAACACAUCCUCAGCAGCAUACGCGACAAGCUUUUUACAGCGGCACGAUUCAAGAGCCGCGAGGCCAGCAUGGCUCUUCGAGUUUCGAGUACGGACCCGGCGUUUUCGAGUUUGACGACGCAAGUAGGACACAGCGGACAAAUUUCAAUGCUUGUCGAACCCAUGACGGGCGUGUUCGCUCUGAAACCGCCCUCCAGGUUUACCAUGCAGCCUGAACACCAGCUUAACAUGGGAAGGAAUCCCGCGGAGGAUGGUCUCAACUGCCUGGAGGCUCUUCGCUGUGCAAUCAUGGAGGAUGAGUUACACCGUAGGGCAACUUUGAUGGGUUGGCGUCUCAGAAAACCACCAAUGGCGGCGGAAGAACUCAAACUGGCAAUCAGAGUGCGAGACUGGACUCGCGUCAUCUGCUUGCAGAAGGACGGAUGGGCUUCAAACUGGGUUGUGGUCGUUGUGUUGAGCCUAAAUGGCGACGAAUGGUGGCUGCUCGAGUCCAAUCCCAAUGAGACAAACAAAGCACUCCGAUUCCAGGCAAAACUACCAUUCAACAACGGCUACCCAGACUUGUCAGACACUUUCUGGGAGAAUUUGUCAUUCUUGACCACAGGAAUCAUUGCCCAGGCAGUCGACAUCAGAGAAUUGCAUCGACAGAAGAUUAAGACCAGGUCGAGUCAUAAGUUUGAUUUGUGCCUCGCUCAAACAGCGCGUCUGCCAUCAACCGACGUGGCGCUUUCCGCAUUGUUUCCCUCCAUGGUCUUUGACCAAAGCAAGGCGGACAAGGACGGGUUGUCCAACAGCGAAGGGCAGCCUGGUGACAUGGGGCUUCUAUCGCUGAUCCAACAAGCCUCGGGUGCUACGUCGGUGCGAAAGAAAGCAUGGGCAGACAACAUUGUCAGCAUUACUUUCAGGGGCAUAAGAUGUCUAUCCAAGGCCGAAAAUGGCCACGACGGAACCGAGGAAAACGAGCUGAUCUGCACGUCGGAAGCGAUCCUCAAGGUUAGGAAACCCUCGAGGUUUGCCUCGCUUGACGGUCUCGCGGACCGCGAUGUAUCUUACAAUCCUAGACGACGCGAGUUUGCUCUGCGUAUUCAACGCGCAGUAGGCAAGCCCAUACUCGACACGCUCAAGUCACGAAUCAAGGCCAUUGACCGAUUCGUCAACUUUUUGGAGGCACUCGAGAGUGCCAGCGGCACCAUUACGACCGAAUCAGUGACUCUACGGCAAAUCACGUUCUACUACAGCGAGCUCAGGACGAAAGAGACGAAAGAAGAAGAAGAAGAAGAAGACCAGGUUAUGGAAGACGAGCCCCAGCGGUGGCGUGUGGUUCUAGAUCUGUCCAACGACGACAUUGACAUCGAAAUCGAGAAGGGUAACCCCCACCUCCGAGUACUCGACCUGAUGAGACAGCUGGUCAAUAGUGACGGCGGCAUUGGCGUGUUGACUGCGUGGCUGCCCGCGUCACUGCCCGCCCUCCAGGCCAUUGACAAGAUGGAAACCGAGUGGGAGCCAAUCCAGGCCGCCGGCCAGGGCCGCAUAGAGUUCUCCAUGAAGACGGUGGCAUGGAUGAGCGUCGAAUACACCAUCACGUCGGACCCCGAGACGCUCACGCACCCCGUCCGGCUGGAAGUCAAGAUGCAGCCCCGUCGUAGCCAGGCAUGGUGGCACGUUUGGCGCUCCGACGCCAAAACAGACGCCCAGGACGGCGUUUCCACAGCCUUGCAACGGGUCUGGAACCAACGAGGCGAGGAUUGGAUCGGCCUCUGCACGGGCGCGGCUGGGUCUCCGCAAAGCGGCGUCGUCCACAUGUUGCUGGCCGUGGACGAGGCUGUUCGGAACGCGAUAAGCAGGGGAGCCGGCGCGGCGCAGGGCAACGAAGUAGUUGUUCUGGAAUAG